UUAAAUGUAGAGGAAGUUAUUUAUUUAUCUAAUCUUAUUUUUUUUAAUUUAUUAAACUAGUUCAUGCCCUUUGACCUUUCAGCUGACAAGGAGAGAAAAUAUACGGUGCAUAUACAGGGCGAGAUAAUUCACUACAGCAUUUUCUCUCUUGAUUACAACACACGUAUGACCUUGCCCGUGCUGUGUGGAGAAUUAGAGGCAGUGAAGGACGCUGGCGCUAGUUAUAACUACGACCACCAACCACACGGUGAAAUGGUCCAGCACGCGCCUGUUUGACAAUAAUAGCCUCAGGUUGACCUUACAGUGUUUGGUUGUGACGUUUUUAGAUACUUAUUGAUACGAAUGGUGUUUAUUAUCUAUAGCUAUGUGACAAUAUAAGCAAAAACACGGCUACAAUAGUGAAUAUUAUAGGAUGUAUAUAGAAAAUAUCAUUUCCAGUCUGGAGCGUUCGCUAUCGGAGUCCAUUUGCCAGAGAGAGCACCUGCAGGAUGUGACCGAUGAAUGUGUUUCUGACAUUCAAAGACGAACCGGAUUUCUCCAUUCUGUCAUUGACGAGAUAGAAAAGGAUUUUACAAAACGUGUUCUCGAUUUACAAAACACCGAGUUAGAUCGAUUGGCUAAUCACGAGCAACAUAUACACAAAGUUCUGUUGGAGCUUUCGGCUAGGAAGGUGACAAAGAAAAAACAAUGUGGGGAGUUAUCUUUCCAUGGCAAUGUUGACAUAUUUGACCACGAGGUGGAGCUGUUGGAUGAAGAACUCAGGACAGUACAGAAACUGACUGAUCUCGAACGGAUUUGUCUGAAUUUCAAAUCAGCAAGUGUUUCCAAAUGUGACCUUAACCCGAUGUUUGGGUCGAUAGACUAUUUUCAUAUAUCUUUACCGUCCUCCUUUACCACAGAGUCACAGCCGCCGAUUCAGUCUCCAAAAUUUUCAAUUAAACGAUUGGCCAACUUCACCUGCGAAGAGCCAUCUCCAAAUAUCCACGCGCUAUUGCCAAUCUCUGCAACAGAAGCCUGGAUUUGCUGUGGUUGGGGUAGCAAAGACAUCCAUCUGUAUGACAUCGGCGGUUCUAAGAAAGCGUCCUUGACCUUAAAUGUUGCUGUUGAUCACAUGAUUAUGACGUCAUGUGGAGACCUGUUGGUCUCCAGUUACAAUGGAACUGUGAUAACGCGAGUUGAUGAAAAUCUUCAGAUGACGACCUUCGCCACCCUCAACUUCGUCUCUCGUGGUAUGACUCUGUCCGAUUCGCGAGAGAUAUACGUUUGUGGCGUAGAGAGGAUUUCGGGAAAUAGCGAUAGCAAUCGCUAUUUAAUCGUGAAGAUGUCAGAGAAGGGUCACGUGAUCUCUGAAGUCGACGUUGCACCAUAUGACCCUCACAGAAUCGCAGUGGACUCGCGCGGGAAUAUGUUCUUUUCGGACUACAACAGCAGCAGACGAGAUUUUGUCGUCAUGGAUUCUGUUGGAAAUGUCAAGGUCAUUUACAACACGCCUCCUGACGACCCCCUUGACAACCCGUUUUAUCCUCUCGGUGUAACACGUGACCGAUAUGGGCACGUGCUUGUUUCGGACUGGAAUAACGACUGCAUCCAUUUACUGGAUAAAGACGGAAAUUUCGUCCGAUACCUUCUCAGCUCCGAUGAUGAUGUGGAAUGCCCUUCCGCUCUCGGAAUAGAUCGGGAACACAGACUCUGGGUCGGGAACGGAACCGGAAGUAUUAACGUUUAUCAAUACGUUAUAUAGAAAGAAAUCUGCCAGGAAUGCUCAGUUGUGUAUGCCAUAGUUUACUGUGUUGUAGUCCGAGUUUCCUCUGGCCCUGACACCAGAGGAAACGAGGGCUAACUGUAUUGCAACUAUGUUACUACAGUGUUUGUUUGUUUGCAUAACUAAACGUGACUGUAUUUCAAGAAAAGGCUGUAUUCGAACAAAAUCUAUAGGCAUAUGUGAAAUACGCUUCAGUAAGUAUGAAUUCGGAAUUGAAAUAUAAAAAUGUAGUUUAAUUUAUAGACAACUAAACCAAGUCCUUUUUUUUAAACGUUUAUUUUGUUUAUCGGUUGGUAAAUCGAGGGAUCCAUUUAUUAUAUUAUCGGACCAUUAUAAUUAGAAUUAAUGUUAAAAUGGAACACUUCUUUCUGUUGUAAAGUGAAAAGUGAAAGGUCUGGGGUUUAAGUUACAACCUUAUCAAUGAGUUUGGCGUUGACCAAUUCAUGCAAUCAACCAUUGCCAUGUUCGAACGCCUACCGGCGGGUAUAUACCUAUCGUUGUAUUACGUAACAACAUUUUUGCUGAUACUAGUUGGACGACUUCCCACUAUGUGAAAUCAUCACUCUUUUGGUAAAGAGAUAUAUGAGGAUUUGUUUAUGAUUCUGUGAUAGUUUCCUUUGUACAAUGAGGUUUGCCAUUAUAGUUCAUUGUACAUGUACAAACACAUCUAUUGUAAUCGUAAUUAUUAUCGAAAUUUUCUUAAAAUUUUUACUUAAGAGAUUUUGUAGAUGUGUGUACAUGUAAGUCUGUGAAGGAGCUAGACUAUUCGUGAAAACAAAUACGUCAACAAAAAACUGCCACAGAAUAUAACCGUAUACGGGGGAAAAAUAAUGACUUGUUAAGUCCUUUCACUGAUGUACAUGUAUAUUAUAUAUAUAUACUUACCUACAUGUUGUCAUAAAAACCUGACCGGAAGACAAUUUACAUCACUAAUAAGGGAGCAUUCGUCUUUAGAUUCCAAAUAUAGUCUGCCAUCUGCAUUGUUGAAAUUUCUACUGUCGCGAUUUACGUUGUAUGCUUGGCUGGUCUCAGGGAAUUCAGAUGUAACACGUUGGAAUGAAAUAAGGGCUGAUUUUAACAGUUUUGUAAUCGAUCCGCUCGCUCUUUUCCGCGCCUCCAGAGGCGUGAUGUAGUUAGAUGCUAUUUAAAUGAAUUGACAUUCAGCAUCUCAAAUAAACUUCUUCUUAGA